AUGGGCGACUACGAUCGCAGACAAGGCGGCGGCGGCGGCGGCGGUGGCUACAAUCGCAAACGGAGGCAUCGAGAUGAUGACUACGAACGCCAUCACCAGCGCCGACGCCACGACGUGCCCGUCCCGAUCCGCGUUCGCAAGCAGCUGCUGUCCCUCGCCGAGUCGCCUCUGCGUAAGUGGCACGAGGAGGUUGUCGGAAUCGCCCGCAUGGUAGCCGACAACGAUGAUGAUUCUCAGCUUCGCGAGAACUUUGUGAGCCUCGUCUGCCAGCUGGUCGUCGAGCAGCCUCUCAAGACACCCUUCGUCGCUGCUGUUGUCCUGGUUAUGAACACGCUCAAACCUGACAUCACUGUCGAGGUCUUGCGUCGCGUCACCGCCACCACGGAGGAGAACAUCAAGGAUGGCAAGUGGAGGGAGGUCAAGCUGAAUCUGAAAUUCUUGGCCUGCUUGCAGAGCUGUCUUGAAGGCGACGGCCUGUUCCCCGUAUUGGAGGAGCUCUUCGCGAGGGCCGUUGACCUGCAAACGGCCAGUUCUGAUGAUACCAUCGGAACCGAGCUCGUCAAGAUCAUCCUUCUUACGCUCCCCUACCUCAUGGCAGCCGCACCGGGUCAAUGGCACCAGAAAGCGGCAGACCUCAUGGAUAAGACCGAUAUUAUCGCUUCCGAGCCCCAUUCCUUACAGCAGUUGAUCGACCCCUACCAUCCCGAGGCUGGCGAGGAGAGCCCUGCUGCGUCUGCCAGUGUUAUUGGACUGCUCCAGAAGCAGCUACAAGCCGAAGCUAAGAAUGCCUGGGCUCUGUCGUGCAUCCCUCGGCCGUGGAGGAUGCCCUUGGAAGAAGUCGAGCAGCAGGCCAAGCUAGACGAGGCUCCAAGACACCCUCUCCCGGCUAUUGCCGUCCCGGAGACUGUGAUAACUGGCCCACGGGCCCUCUUCCCAGAGGUCUACUUUUCGGUUUACUCAAACCAAGAGAUCGAGUCCGUACCUCCGGUGACGAAUAUUGCCGCGUCCCUGGUCCGAGACGUGUUGCUGGAUACGAUUAACUUUCUAGACUUCAAUCGCAACGUCACCGCGCGCUGCCUCAUCGAUCUCGACUGCUACUUUGCAGACGGGACCUUUGUGAAGCGCGCAACGCCAUUCGAUCGACUCAAGGACGUGGAGCCCGACAGGUCCACUUGGAAGCCCGAGGACGCUGCCGUAGACGCCGUGUUCUCCCAGCUCUUCUCCUUGCCUUCACCGGAGCACAAGCUGGUGUAUUACCACUCUGUCCUGACAGAGGCUUGUAAGAUCGCUCCUGCUGCAAUCGCCCCGAGUCUUGGGCGAGCUAUCAGAUUUCUCUACAAGAACUGCAGUCGCUUGGAUCUUGAGCUGACCAACCGAUUCAUCGACUGGUUUGCGCACCAUUUGAGCAACUUUGGCUUCACGUGGAAAUGGUCCGAGUGGGUUGAAGAUGCACAACUGCCCAAGCUUCACCCGCGCAAAGCGUUCAUCCGUGGCGCUAUUGACAAGGAGAUCCGACUCAGUUUUGCGCAGCGCAUCAAGAACACUCUGCCUCCGGAGUAUCAAGAUAUGAUCGGCCCGGAGAAGGAACAGGAGAUGCCCGAAUUCAAGUUCAAGGACGACAGCACACCGUUCGCGGAAGAGGGCCGUGAGCUGGCGUCUCUGCUCAAGCGCAAGGCUCCCGAUGAGGAUAUUCAGCCCAUCAUAGAGCGCAUUCACAACCUGGCGAUUGACCGCAGCAUCGAUCCCCUGGUCGCCUCAACCGACGUCUUCACCACCGCUGUUCUGCACGUCGGAUCCAAAUCGCUCUCCCACGUCCUCGCCUGCAUCGAACGCACCAAGGAUCGCCUUCUCGACGCCGGAGCCGCUUCCGAGGCUGCCCGCGCACAGAUCAUCUCGUCGGUCAUGAACUACUGGUCGGCCCACCCCGGCGUUGCUACCGCCAUCGUCGGCAAGCUGCUCAACUACAGCAUCCUCUCGCCGGCCGCCGUCAUCCAGUGGGCCCUCGUCAACGACGCGGGCUCCAACCGCGGCGCCGCGCUCGCGGAUGCCCACCUGUACGAGAUGGUCUUUAACACAGUCGUCAAGGUGACGAGCCGCACGCGCGAGGUGGCCGAGAACCCCUCGAGCGCCGCCCUGCCCGCGGCCGACAACGGAGACGACGACAUCGCCAUGACCUCGGAUAAGAUCGAGGCCGCGAGCAAGGCCGCCGAGAUCAAGGCCAUGCGGGAGCUCUUCCGGCUCCUGGACGACGCCCUGGUCGCGUGGGCGAGCGGCACCAAGGACGAGAUGAUGGAGGCGGCGGACGAGCAGGCCAGCGCGCGGGAUGCCCUGGUCAAGCGGUGGGGAGAGCGCUGGCUGCGGGUGUUCAGGCGGAGGUCCGCCAUCGAGGAGGCUUUCCUGCUCGAGGUGGAGAAGAGGAAGAGCGGCGCUGCCUCGGCUGAGGGAGGUGAGAAGAUGGAGGCUUGA